AUGGAGAAUCUCUUCACAGCCGAGCUCAAGCCAGGGCGCUAUCUAGGCUUUCUGAUCCUCGGCGCAUCACUGCACGAUGUCUUGACCCGCCUCAAGGCAGAGCCCCAGCGGUUCCCCCACAUCCAACUCCUCUACGCCCCCAGCCAGCCCAUCACCGAGCCCGUGCGUGUAUCCCUCCCGCAGAACGGCAUGCGCCUGUCCUUUGACGGGCCCGAACAGCGCCUGCGUCUCAUCGAAAUCCUCGACUUUGGCAAGAACCACAUCACCUUCAACGACAGGGACCUCGUGCGCCCCGGCGAGACCAUGGGUCGACCGACCUUUAAGCACAUCUACAAUCGUCUCUUCGGACCGACGUAUGAGGGGGAGUUCAUAGCGAACGCAGACAACAGCGACAGAGACAGCGGCGGCGCCAUCUACGUCCUCUCGUACCCUGGCGUGGCAUUCAACUUCCCCCUCACGGCCGACGAGCGCGAGGCGGACACGGGCGCCGUGACCCUGCUGGCCAAGAAGGAGGCCACCUCCAUGGCCAUCUUCAGCGGACCCUCCUGGGCCGAGUCGAGACCGACGCUGUGGACCGAGGUGCUGCCGAGCUGCAAGGUGACGGGGCAGAUCCCCAAGAGCAAGGACGUGUUCCCCGACGAGGUCUCGCUGGCGAGGCUGCACGGGGGCGGCAAGGUCGAGCUCCAGCGCAAGUGGCAGUCCACGGGCGCCUUUGUGAUCCAGCUCGGCGAGACGACGCCGCAGGACCUGGUGCGCGAGCUGGGGCCGCCGAGCGCCAUCUACCGCAAGAACGACCAGAGGAUGGUCAUACACAAGAUGCGCACGGCGGCCAGCGACGCGCGGGACCGGCCGAGCCACACGAGUCUGCGGCCGGAGGAGCUGACCGACACGGAUCACUCGUCGAUGAACACGGGCAGCGAGGAGGACUCGGACGAGGAGGCCAUGACGGGGGAGGAUGGCGCGCUCGGGAAUCCGUCGGGCGAGUGCUUCUACAACUACUUCUACCUCGGCUUCGACAUCCUCCUGUCGACGCCCGUCAGUCCAUCGCCGGCACCGCCUGGGCAGCAGCAGCAGCAGCAGCAAGUUGCGUCCGACGGUCAGAUCAAGACGCAUCACCCGGACCGGCUGGUCGCGACAAAGAUUGUGCUGCACGGCAACAUCCCCGGGUCGUACGAGUUCAACCGCCACCGCCGUCUGCGCUGGGAGGUGGCCUACCUGGGCUCGGUCCCGAUCACGUCCGAGUCCCCCUUUGCCGACGUGGAGGCGCGGAUGGGCGACAUGUGGCGGCAGCACAUGUCGGAGCGCGGCGGCAAGGGCAUGGUCCUCAACAGGGGCUGGGGGGACUCGCCGGGCUCGAGCUGCGAGCUGCUCGGUGGGUGGGAGGACAGCAGCGGCCGGAUCGAGGGAUCGUCGUCGUCUUCGAACGGGGACUCGACGACGACGCUGUUUGGGUUUCCUGCGAGCGAGCGAGCGAGCGCGCAAGCUCUGCUGGUCAAGUUCAUCCUCGUCGUCUUGCACCCCAGAGCCAUCAUGACGGACAGCAGCAUCAUGGGCGACGACGACAAGAGGAGGACGAGCUCGGAGAGCACCGCGCACGACCACGACAUUGAGCGCGAGGCUGGCACCGCUUCACAGACGCAAUCAACUCAACACCAGGACCCGGCCGUCACAUCCAAUGCGGAGAAAAACGUCGACGAGACGGAUGCGCCAGGCCCAGCAGCAGCAGCAGCAGCAGCAGCAGCAGCCGACGAGCCGGAAGCGCAGCGCACCAAGCUCGAGAACUUCCUCAUCAUCUUCGCCCUCUGUCUCGCGCUCUUCCUGGCCGCCCUCGACGUCACCAUCAUCACGACAGCCAUCCCCACCAUCUCGGCGCACUUCAACUCCUCCCUGGGCUACGUCUGGGUGGGCGCCGCCUACCUCCUGGGGAACUCGGCCUUUGCGCCCCUGUGGGGGAAGAUCUCCGACAUUUGGGGCCGCAAGCCCGUGCUCCUGGCGGCCGUGGCCAUCUUCUGGAUCGGGAGUCUGCUGUGCGGCGUCGCCACGAGCAUGGGCAUGCUCAUUGCCGCGCGCGCCAUCCAGGGCAUCGGCGGCGGCGGCACCAUUGUGCUGCCCAACAUUUGCAUCUCGGACCUCUUCUCGAUGCGGAACCGGGGCAUGUACUUUGGCAUCCUCGGCAUGGUCUGGGCUAUUGCGUCCGCCCUCGGUCCCAUCCUGGGCGGUCUCUUUACGAGCAAGGUCUCCUGGCGCUGGUGCUUCUACAUCAACCUGCCCAUCUCCGGCGUCGGCAUGAUCAUCCUCUUCUUUGUGCUCAAGCUGCACAACCCACGCACGCCGAUGCGCGAGGGCCUCAAGGCGAUCGACUGGACGGGUAGCGUCCUCGUCAUCGGCGGCACCCUCAUGCUCCUGCUCGGCCUCGAGUUCGGCGGCGUCAGCCAUCCCUGGGCCUCGCCCACGGUCAUCUGUCUCAUCGUCUUCGGCAUCGUCACCAUUGGCCUCUUUGUCAUCAACGAGGCCAAGGUGGCCACGUACCCCGUGAUGCCCGUCCGGCUCUUCAAGUCGAGGAACAGCGUCGCGAGCUACGCGUUUGGCUUCUUCCACGCAUUCACAUUCAUGUCGGGCAGCUACUGGCUGCCGCUCUACUUCCAGGGCGUCCUACGCGCCACAUCCCUCCUCUCGGGUGUCUAUCUUUUACCCUUUGUCGUCUCCCUGUCCCUCGUCUCCGCCGCGACCGGCGUCUUCAUCAAGAAGACGGGCAAGUACAAGAUCCUCAUCGUCGGCGGCAUGGCCAUUGCGACGCUCGGCUUCGGCCUUUUUAUCGACCUGGGUCCCCAGCGCCACUGGGCCAAGAUCAUCGCGUUCCAGAUCGUCGCCGGCAUCGGCAUCGGUCCCAACUUCCAGUCACCACUCAUCGCGCUGCAGACCAACGUGGUGCCGAGCGACAUUGGCUCGGCCACGUCCAGCUUUGCGUUUCUGCGGCAGCUGGGGACGAGCGUGUCCGUCGUCAUUGGCGGCGUCAUCUUCAACAAUGAGAUGCAGAAGCAGCAGGGCCACCUGGCCGCCGUCCUCGAGGAGCCCGGCCUCGCCAACCGCCUGUCCGGGAGCAACGCGGCGGGUAACGUGCAGCUGGUGGCCAGCCUGGACGGGCCGGACGGCGAGAUCGCCAGGCAGGCGUACUGGAACGCCCUGCAGACCAUGUACAUUGUCUACACGGUCUUUGCGGCCGUCGGCCUGUGCAUUGCCUUUGGCAUCAAGCAGGUGAACCUGAGCAAGGAGCACAAGGAGCACAAGACGGGGUUGACGACCCUCAAGGGGAGGGAUGCCCCCGAAAGCAAGUAA